AUGUCUUUCUCCGCUGCUGCUUCGUUCGGAGGACGACGAGGACGACGACGAGGAUUAUUACUAUCGACGAGAGGUUUAGCUGAUGUGAAUCGUCUUCUUUCAUUCUCCUCCUCCGUUGAAGACAAAAGCACGAUGAACAAUCAUCACGGACAACAACAACAACAACAACAACAACAAGUUCAGAGUGGAAGAAAAAAAAGAUUGGAUGAUUUUAGUCGUUUUAUUAUCAACAACAAGAACAACAGAUCAUCAUCCUUCUUCGUGGCGACGAGGAGGACAAAAACGACGACGACGGUGGACACGAGAGAGACGAAAAAAUUCGAGCAAGACGCGGAGUUAUGGUGGAGAGAACGAGACGGGCCGUUUGGACCGUUGCACUCGAUGAAUCCAGUGCGAUGUUCUUUUAUUAAAGACGAGUGCGCGGAACAUUUUAGUAAAACAAGGAGGAGAACACCAACAACAGUCGUUGACAACAGACCGUUAUCUGGUUUUAGAAUAUUAGACGUCGGGUGCGGUGGAGGAUUGCUGAGCGAAAGUUUAUCGAGACUGGGCGCGGAUGUGGUCGGAUUAGACGCCGGGAAAGCGAACGUGGAAGCCGCGAAGAGGAGACAAAAAGAAUCGCAAUUAGAUGACGAUGAUGAUAGUGGAGGUAAUAACGGUAAAGUGAAAUACAUCUGCGACACGGCGGAAGAUUUAGGAGAGAAGGAACCGAACUCGUUCGACGUGGUGUGCGCUUUAGAAGUUAUUGAACACGUUACGGAUCCGAGAGUGUUCGCGAACGCGUUGAGAAAGUUAGUCAAAGACGACGGUUUGGUAUUCGUGUCGACGAUAUCAAAAUCUAUGAGAGGUGUUUUAGGCGCGAUUGUAUUCGCAGAGCGCGUGGCGAAGAUGGUACCGGCUGGGACCCACGACGCGAACAAAUUUUUACACCCGUCCGAGUUGGCGAUUGUUUUAGAACGCGCCGGAUUGAGAACGAACACGAUGGCGGGAAUGGAGUAUAAUCUCAUGACGAAACAAUGGAAAUUGACCGGCGAUUUAGGCAUUAAUUACAUAGCGUCAGCGACUGUGGGUACGUUCGACGAGAAACUACCGCUGGCGCAAGAAGACGUGCACGAUAAACGAUAUCAGUAA